CGUCGUCGGCUCCCCGUCUCGAUCGUGUGGGCCACUGCAAGCAGUUGCGAAAAUAAUCAGUUUUACAAAGUUCUUUGGCAACAAUUUGGGAAAUAGUUCGCGCCGCGUGCAAUUUUAGUGUUGUGGUUUUUGCAGUUUUCAGUUUUUGGUUUUCGGUUUUCGGUUGCUAGCGAUUUACCAAGAGUCGUCGUCGUUCCUCGCCGUGGCUCGCCUUGCCCCGCUGUUGCCGAUCUACAGAGUUGUUGCUCGACACCCCGAAUGCUCUGAAUCCACGAACCAGACCAGACCGGACCAGCCCUGAUCACACAUCCUCGCAGACCAGGAGACUCCGAACCACCAAGAAAAGGAUACAAUCAGCCACAAGCACCAGCAAAAUUGCAGUAGAAUAGGCAGAAGCAGAAGCAGAAGCGGCAACCACUACACAGUAACACAAUGGCCUUAAUUAUGAAAUACAUCGACACCGUAACCAGGUACCUGGACUCACAUGGUGACUCAAGGACAAAGGACUGGCCCAUGAUGUCAUCCCCGUUUCCCACACUGGCUGUGUGCCUCACAUACGUCUACCUGGUCAAGGUGCUGGGACCGCGGUUAAUGGAAAAUCGAAAGCCCCUGCAUCUCCAGAACACACUAGUCCUCUACAAUGCCAUACAGGUUGUUUUCAGCGCGUGGCUGUUCUACGAGUGCUUAAUGGGCGGCUGGUGGGGCGCGUACAGCUUCCGCUGCCAGCCGGUGGACUACACAGAUAGUGCCACAUCCCGGAGAAUAGGCAUUUCCGGUUGGCUAACUGGACAUUAUAGCUUCCGAUGUCAGCCAGUCGACUAUAGUAAUAAUCCUAGAACGUUAAGGAUGGUCCAUGCCUGCUGGUGGUACUACUUCUCGAAGUUCACAGAGUUCAUGGAUACGAUUUUCUUCGUGUUGCGCAAGAAGACCAGCCAGGUAACGACGCUGCACGUCAUCCAUCACGGCUGCAUGCCCAUGUCGGUCUGGUUCGGCGUGAAAUUCACUCCAGGCGGCCACAGCACCUUCUUCGGACUGCUCAACACAUUCGUGCACAUCGUGAUGUACACCUACUACAUGUUCUCGGCCAUGGGACCCCAGUACCAGAAGUACCUCUGGUGGAAGAAGUACCUGACCACCCUUCAGAUGGUCCAGUUCAUCCUGAUCAUGGUGCACGCCUUCCAGCUCCUGUUCAUCGACUGCAACUACCCGAAGGCGUUCGUCUGGUGGAUCGGCAUGCACGCCGUCAUGUUCUUCUUCCUGUUCAACGAGUUCUACAAGGCAGCCUACAGGAACCGUCUGAUGAGAAAGAACGCGUUGCUGGCCAACGGACACGCCAAGCCGAACGGCUACUGCAAGAGCAUCAAUGCCCACGACGACCUGGCCAUGCCCCAGCCGACGGCCGCGUCGGUGACACCGGUGUCGAAGGCCAACGGCAGCACGGCGCCCCUCACCAACGGGCAUGCGAAUGGCCUCAGCAACGGCUACAAGCAGCUGGCCAACGGCAAUGCGCCGGCGUCGACGACGACGCAUAACGGCAGCGCCCACAAGGGAGGGGCAGGGCCCAACGGCCUGCUGACGAACGGAUACGCCACCAAGCUGCUGGACGACGCCUCCCAGGACUUGAAGCAGCGGAAGACGCAGAAAUAAUAUCGGGGCAAAGCGGGGCGGCGCCAGCACAGAGCCUAGGACAGGAUCAGCGCCGGGAGUGCCCCCCCGGAACGGGGGGAGCUCCACAAGUCAUUACCACGUCACACGUCUCGUCACGUCACUUUCUCCCAUUCUCAUCCACACACUCAAACAGACACAGCACAGAGAAAUACAAAUACAAAUACAAAUACAAGUAAUAAACACACCGAACACAUUCUGGAGAAAUGGCGAGAGAAACUCCCAAGAGUCUAACCGAAAGCUUAGACUAUGGGCAUGUUUUACUUCGUAUCUCCGCUACAAUACAUACAAUACAUCCACCCCACCCCACCUCCCAAACACGGACAUACAGUCAUGCUGAGAGUAUGCGCGCAGGCAUACCUAUUUAUGCAUCCCCAUAUCCAAAUGUAUAGGCUUUGCAUAGGCGAAUCAUCUGAACAGAAUCUGAAACAGAAUCAGAACCAGAAUCAGAAUCAGAUCGGAGUUCCACACAUACAAACAUCCAAGCAUUCAUACAUACUUACAUACAUACGAGUAUAUAUAUUACACAUACAAUAUUUUGUUGCUUCUUUUCUUUUAAAAAACUACUUUAGUUGUACAAAGCUUACAAAUUAGAAGUACAGUACCAUGAGAAUUGUAUAAAAUGCGAAAAUUCAAGAAACAAAAGAAAAAGGAAAAUGAAAAUGAAAACCAAACGGAUGGCCAGCAUAAACAAUUUAUAAACUAAAUUAAAAGCUAACUCAAGUUUAUUCAAUUGAGCUUGUGUGUGAGCAUGGAAUUCAACUAUUUAAGAAUCUAGAAUUUAACUUAUAUUAUACAAACACACGUAAACACACACACACACACACACACUGAUACACGGACACGUACACGUAUAAAUAAUAAUAAUAAUAAUAAUUAAAAAGAGAGUUUGCUGGCGUGGCAGUCAACGACGAGAAGUUUUGUAAAUGUAUAGAUCAGAAAACAAGUGUAAUUUAAAAUUAGGCACAAUAAUUGUUACAAAUAAAAGUCAAGCAAAAUAGUCAACCACUAUUUAAGUCAGGCAGAACCAGAACCAGAAACGGAAACGGAAAUGGAAACCCCCCCACAAUAACAUACCGAGUAUCGGGAUCGGAUUGGGCCAAUUUGUAAAACGUUUCAAACUAAAUUAAAAAAUAAACGGAGUAAUAACAAAUUAAAAGUAAAAGAAUGAACACAGGCUACCGGCUAACGACUACCCACAUAAUGUUCGAUUAAUUUAUUAUAAAUAAAUGGUGAAGCUGAA